AUGCCUUCCUUUAACUCGGCGAUCCUCUCUUCGUGCUGUCAACGCGCACCACGAGAUUACCGACAGCUCGACAGUGACUCACCGAAAAUUAUCAAACCAGAAACUCCCGAGAAGAAGGGCAAGAAAAAGGAUCCGCUGACCACUAAAUGGAAUUUCUUCAAACGUCUGUGUUCCCUGACCAGAACCAAGGAUGGAGGAUUCUCCGAAGACAAGGAGCUCGACAACAACAUCAAACUUAUCCUUGAUAAAGCGGACAAACUGCUUAAUAAAUUGGAUGAGCACGAGCCAGAGCUCGCAGGCUCCCAGGAUGAAGAGUGUGUCAUCUGCGUAGGGGCCAAAGCUACAAUGCAGACAUUUCCUUGCGGACAUCGAGUCGUGUGUCGCAAGUGUUUCGUCAAAACCAUUCAAAUGGCAGUCUCUCAGAGAAUGUUGCCAUUGCGUUGCGUCAUAUGCAGGACCAAGAUAAUAAGACUCAAACAGACAACGGGGGGUUUCGCCACCCCCGCGACCCACACGCCGCAUCUAGCGAACACGAGGGCUUGCCUUCUUCGUCAGCCAGGAGCGAUCGAUGCCGAAGGCUUCAGCAGAUCGCCCUUCCUUACCCCGGAGGAAUUCGAGAAACCUCCGCCUAUGAAGCAAUACAGCAGGCAGGAUUGUCGUUUUCAUAAGCACUGGAAGAAUAAGGUGGCAGCUGCUCCUCUUCCACAUGACGUAAACGACAUACUCAUCGUACCGGGUGCGGACAAAGCGCGAAUCUCGCCCGUGAGAGACGAUCGACGCAAAAGGCCCAGUCUCAAAGGUGAUGUCGGUGAAAAUCCCCCACAUUUACCGAACCCACCGCGGAAAAAAGAUGUAAGACGGACACCCGUCUCGCCGAACCAACCGCUCUCGCCAACGAUAAUAGUUGAAAACUCUAGGAAUCCCCUCAAAAAUACCAAUUCCGUCACUCAACAACAGCAACAACCGCUCAAGGACAAACGAUCAGCCAAACUCGAGGGGGUCGCCAAAGAUCGUCGGAAAAUCAAUGCCAUCGCCGAGCGAGAGCUCGAAAUGAUUCCUCUCGUUCGUCUGGACAAGCCACCGUCCCCUAUUAAGCGUCGCGGAUCGAGGACGAGCACGCCGAGUACGGCUUCCUCGCCGGAAAUAUGCAUCACGCCCCCGGACGACGAGAGCGAAAGCGAAGGAGAGACACAUCUGAUAAUCACAACGCAGCCGAAAAAACUCGAGUUCCACACGGAGCGCUUCUCUCUGCCGAAUCCCCCUCCGAAGUUGACGUUGAUUGAUCCGCGAAAGGGAGAUUGUCAGCUCAGCAUUCUCGAUAACGCCAUCGAUGAAGAAGACGAACUCCUACUGUCGGUCGAGAACGCCGAGAUGAAAGUUCAGGGAAGUCUCACUCCUUUCUCUUAUCUUCAAGUCUCUGUUCCUACUCCGGAAGUCCGAAUCGCACCUCCGCCGAAUUUCCGCCGGAGGUCGCACCGAGUAUCUCCCGAGCCUCGUCUUCAGAAGCCAACCACACGAUUCGAAAAGUUCAAACAAUAUCAUGUUCGCCAGCCUCUCCCUCUAUUCCCCAUUCCGGAAAAAGAGGAAGCGCAAGAAAGCAUCGAACUACGGGGUAUCCAAGCCUUCUACAAAGUCGACGAUAAACUGGCCGCCUCGCAGAGCAUUCCUCUCAUCUCGGCUGACAACAUGGUCUCAGUCGGGGGCUCGUUCCUGAAUUCUGCGACCCGCACGAAAAUGGCGCUUAUAAGCAGUUUCAAGCAAUUCCGCUCCAAGUCACCUUUGAAAGCCUUCGGAGUUCGCUCCCGGAAAACCGUGGCACCUCUGCUUGACAUCGCUGAGGCGACUUUCAACAUGUGAAUCGAUCUGCUGCCGAGCGAAUUCAGAAAUCAGAAUGUACAACGCGCUGGUGUAGAGCGAGUACGGAAGAUUUCGAGAAGCUUCCGAUUCAUCCGUCAACAAC